CUUGUGAUUUCAGUUUCAGUUUUGAAGAUCACUCGUUGCGAAGCGGACGCCACUAAGGCGGAAAGAGAAAGCCGAAAGCCAAUAGCCAUUAAAAUACAAAUCUAAACAGCAAGAACUCGAAUUCACAUUAUAAUUAAAUUGUGUACUUAAUUCAUAAAUAAUAAUAAUUAAGUAAAUAGAGCUGACUCAGCCUGAAGCGAGCGUCGAAGGGUGGGAGUGUUUUGGGCGCUAAAAUAAAAAAAAAAGUUACAUUUUCUGAUACAAUAUCAAUGCCAAUGUGUCUGAGGCAGUACUCGAUCGUUCCAAAUCCGGGGUCAGAAACGCUUCCAACUGAUUAACACUCCUCCUCCCCAUCACCGCUGAGUCGUCGUCGGAGUCGUCGUAGUCGUUGUUGUCGUCUAAUGAGAGCCAAGCGAAAUAAAUAAACAAAAAACAGACAAAAACACACAAAUACGGCAAAUUAACAAAUACGCGCGGAAUAUAGAAAAACACGUUUCCACAAAAAGCGCUUAGCGGUACAAAAACAACAACAAUUUAACCAAAUAACACAAAUUGUUGUCGCUUUGUUAUUGAACACGCGCACACGCAUUUAGCGAAAACGAAACGAAUAACAGGCCCUGAUUCUGGCCAUAACCAAAUAUGUCCAAAAGUGGAGCUUGAGAGGAGAGCUUGAAGCUUGUAACCCGAGUAGCCGUGACCACAAAACAGCCCACAACAACACCAAGAAAAAUACUGAAUUAAACAAGUUCACACACAAACACACACACCAUGGAGCGAUCGUAUAGUUGCAGCAAUUUCGUGGGUAGGACGGGGGGCAAGGUCGAUGGCAAUAGCCAUAUUGCCACAGCUGAGCAGCUGGCUGGCAGCAGCGACAACCUACCCACCGCCCAUCAUCACUUUCCGCCCAACAAGCCGCUGCGCCGGCGCAGGAAACUCCAGCGCCAGCAAUCCGCCGUCGAUGCCGAUGACAUGGAAUAUGCCGCCGAUCUGGAAGAGAAUGCCGAUCCGGACACGGAGCACACAGCCCAUGCUACAAGCUUGCCAUUAGCCCUGCAACGUCACAUAUCCUCCAGCACCAUUAAGCGUUGCCUGCGCCACGAGGAGUCCUUCGAGUCCUGCAGCACUGCGCCGGAGCUGAGUCCCCAAGCCCAGCGCCAGCAGAGAUUCAGCAGCCUACUCCUCAGAGACAGCUCCGUGUCGGUGCAGUCCGACUCCAGUCGGUACUCCAGCGUGGACAGUCUGCUGGAAGCCCGCAAGCCAGACCCGGAAGCCAUACUCAUAAACCUCGGCUUCGGGCCCGUGGGCUCGGAGGAUAUGUUGUCCAGGAUACCGCGGAGAUUUCUGAAGCCCUCGCAGGUGCCCGGAAUCGAUACCGAUGCCUUUGUACAAAGACUGACUCUGGCCCGAUCGCUGGCCGAUUCGAGCGUUCUGGGCUAUCGGGGCCUGACUGGAAAUCCCGACAUGCCGCCCUCGUCCAUUGUGGCCAGCAUCAUGAAGCGGUUCGAGGUGAACCACCAGCGCAAGAACUCCAUGGGCUCCAUCAAGCCCACCAUCCAAUGAGCAGCUCAAUCCUCACAGUUAGCUAGCCAAAAAGAAGACAUUUUGCUUUGCCAAGUGCACCUAUUGCCAAGUGGGGUUUCUCCUUGACCUAUGACCCCCAGUGAUCGUCUUGUCUUGUCCAUUUAGUUUGUUUAAGUGCCACGUACUUAGCUGUGUAAAAUGUAUUAUUGUACCUUUUUUAUAAAAAACUAUGAUAUUUUGUGAACUAUUUAAGUAAGAAUUAAAGAUAAUGUUUUAUGUUGAA